AUGCGUAGAAUGCCUGAAUCGUUUGAAGCUCUAGCUCUGCAGCGAAACUAUCUGCUACGGCCGAUUCACUAUGCAAGGCCAUAUACCCGGGGACCCUCUAACAUUUUGCAAGUACAGGGUUUCGGGCCUUUCGGCACGGUCCACCGGCGACUGCCGAUCCUCGCAAAAGUACCGCCAAGUCUCGGGAACGCCGAAACGGAACAACAACGGGUGGCCAACGAGCUGCUCGAGGAAAACAGGGACUACUGGGUAAGUAAGGAGGCUCAACAGAGCCCCCGGAUCACGCGUAUCGCGUGGCUCACCCAUCCUUCCGACUAUAAGAACCAGAAAUCGUCCGCCCUGAUUGUAGAACUCUUAGACCCCUACCACGCCAACGAGACGAUCGCACGAGGUACCAUUUGGGACAGCGUUAUCCAUAAGACAGUUCACGUAGGAAUUGUCUGUUCGAAUAAAAUAACUUGCGGGCUCUGUGGGAACAGUCACAAGACCCGGAACUGCUCCUACAAGUUUACCAACAGCCAGGAGCGCCACUGUGCAGGGUAUAGAGAAGUACACGCUGCCUGGCACAAAGGGUGUUCGAGGUAUGCAGCAGAGAUGGACCGGGUUCAAGCCGCGGUAGUGUACUGGCAGGCCUGGCACCGGGUGCCUCCCUACCUGCAGGACUUUCAGUUCUGCGUACGUAGCGGUACGGAAGCCUCCAAUUUUGCUGCAGACGGAGUGGAUACGCCCCCGCAGCCUGACCGGGAGGACGCCGGUCAGCAGAGCAAGCCGGAGAUGCCCGCCCCAGUGACCCCGAUACCUAGAGGUCGCCGUGGACGAAGGAGUGGCUUGCAGAGCGUUACCUCGUCUGAAAGGACGCGCCGGAGUGCCCGUACCCAGUCCACAGCACGGCAGGAAGCCUCACACCUGGCUACCCUACCAAGUAGAAUACCGAGGACGAUCGAACUCGGACUCGCGGAGAUCGCAGAACAGAAAAUAGAGGCAUUUCGCAAGGCCUUCUUUCCCGAACCACCCCUGGCGGACCUCUCUGACAUCCCUUCGGCCCGGAUACCCCAGAUCAAUUUCCCGGACCUUACCGAGCACGAGGUGCUCCGUUCGCUCCUGAAUACCCUCGGUAAGAUCCUGGAGGCCGUGGCUACAGUACGGAUCGCCUGGGCCCUGGAGGAGCGUAAUCUCCUACCCAGGAGCCAUCUGGGGGGCCGCAGGGGCAUCUCAGUCAACCACCUGAUCCAGUUGCUCCUUGACCAGAUCUUUGAGAGCUGGGGCAAGGGCCGGAAGGUCAGUAUGUUGCUCUUAGACGUGGCUGGUGCCUUCGACAACGUCUCGGCCCAGUCCUCUAGCCUCAUAGGCGAACAGGUGCAUGGAAGUCUACCAAUACAAUGUUGGGGCCUGCUGGCACCGGAAUACCUGCAACACCUACAGAAACAGAAACGAAUUCUCCAAAAUGCGCAGUUCCACAUGGGCAAGACUCUCAAGCCCACCAAGUCUCGCGACGAAAUCAUAAUGGAGUUCAUGUUUCGUCGGAUGAUGUCUAGUAAUACAUCUGCUAACGGGCAUGUGAUUCACUCGUCGUUUGUGCCUCCAGCCUACCCGCCCUCUGUUGCUACUUUGAGUACCCUGAAACGAGUACUAAUCAGAGAUCUUACUCUCGAAACUCAUCAUCGUGGAUCUUACAUUCUGCUUAGAGCGGUCACACCGCCAGAUAGAAUGACCGCGGUGAUGACCGUAGUGGAAGAUGAAAGAGGAGACGUUCUCGUGUUACAAUUAUACAAUCAGGAGAAAGAGCUCUCGACCGAUGGCCGUCUCGUCGAAGGAACAGCGAUACUUGUGAAGGAACCUUACCUGAAGAUCAUGGCCGAUGAAAAUUACGGAAUCCGAGUUGACCAUCUCUCUGACAUGAAAUUUCUCCCAAGCCAUGACCCUUUAGUACCCUUGUCAUGGGGAGGUCGGCGCGGAAUGGAUGCAACGGCCAACCAUUGCAAAACAAAAGGCAACGACCAUUUCAACAAGGCUCAGUACUAUCUUGCUAUUGAUUGCUACUCCAAGGCUCUAAAUUCCUCCCCAACCACCGAUGAAGCCCUCACAAUCCGGCUCAACCGCGCUCUUACAUAUCUCAAGACUCACCAAUUUGACGCGGCCCUUUAUGGCCUCGAAACUAUCUUAUCAGACCAGGAAUCGUCUGAAAAAUCCCUCUUUCGCAAAUCUCAGGCCCUUUACCAUCUCGCCAGAUUUGAAGAAUCCUGCAAAGUCCACCAAGUGCUCUGUGCCGCAUUCCCGAGCAACACCACCGCUAAAAUCGAAUUUAACCGCGCCACUGCACGGCUUGCAGAACAACAGUCUGGGAAAUACCCAUUCAAGUACCUGCAACGAGAAGCAAAGAAACGUUGUCCGCCGCUCCUCGAUCGCGGAACGUAUAUCGGCCCCGUGGCUGUCAGGUCAACGGAGUCUCGUGGUCGAGGCUUAUUCACGACAGAGGCUGUUCGAGCCGGUGAUCUACUAUUUUGCGAGAAAGCCUUUGCGCAUGCAUUCCAUGACGAAACUGCUGGUGCUUCGAGCAGCCUCUCGAUCUUGAUGAACACGGAGACAAACACCAUCACAAUGGGUACUCAGGCGGACCUUAUCGCUUUAAUCGCACAGAAACUCUACAAAAACCCGUCGCGUAUGUCGAUGUUCACUGACCUUUACCACGGUUCAUACCAACCUGUUGAUGUCGCAGAAGUUGACGGUACACCUGUUGUAGAUAGCUUUCUCAUCGAGCGUAUAAUGUCACUCAACUGCUUCGGCUGCUCCCUCUCCUCCCGCGAAUACCACCUACGCAUCAUGAAAGACGCCGAAUCACAGUUGGAACCCACCGAGAACAAGAAAUUCCACUCCUGUGGUGUCUGGCCUCUGGCGUCCUACAUCAACCAUUCCUGUUACAGCAAUGUUCGCCGCUCAUUCAUUGGUGAUAUGAUGAUCGUCCGUGCUACCCAGGAUCUUCUUGCCAAUACCGAGCUGGUUUUCUGGUACAAACUACCCUCGGAAGACACCUUUAAGGCGAAACAACUCAAUCUGAAACACUGGGGCUUCAAGUGCAGCUGCGUGAUCUGCCAGGAUACCACCGAUACAACGGAGAGUGAUCUGAUGAAGCGAAGGAGGCUCACGGCGGACUUGGUGAAUGCUUUUCAGGCCCUGAGCAAGUCCCGCAAGCCGAAGUCAGCUAUUGCUCGAAUUGAGGAACUUGUUUCUGAACUUGAGAAGACGUAUCGCAAGCCAGCCGUUCAAGUCCCACGUCUCGGUAUCUGGAAUGCGUAUUUGAGUCUAGCGGUGGCCCACGCCUCGCGGGGUGUCUUAGAGAAGACUGUUGAGUUUGCACUGAAGACUUUAGAGUCACUCGGGUAUGUGCUUGAAGGCGGGGGAGUCCCGCAUACGCCUGGUGCGCCGCUACAUGUUAUGAAAUGGGGUCUGAUGAUGGAUGGACUUAUUGGAUGUUGGAUGAUUCUUUGCAGAGCGUAUUGCGAUGUAGCUCCAGAACUAGCAAGUCAGGCAGAGGACUAUGCUAGGAUAACCUAUAAGAUGCAUGCCAAGAAACCCGAUCUUAGCCUGGCUCUACGUACUGCCGCGGAGGCCGAGACUGCCAGGAUCUACGAUAAAUGGGCGGAUCUCAUGUCAAGCGGGGCCACCCUGCGACGCCUUACAUGGGGCGUGGUAGUUCAUGGCAUCCCGAUCAAGUCAAUCCAGGACCUGAGUGAUCAGGGCGAACAGGACCGAGUAGCCAGCGAGCUACUCGACGAGAACAGGGAGGUUUGGAACCAGAAACCCGAUAUCAAGCGCGUGGCCUGGCUUACCCAUCCCUCCAAUCAUAAGAACCAGAAAUCCUCCGCUCCCGUCGUCGAAUUCUCUGACCCGAGGCAUGCAAACGAGGCAAUCAUGAAAGGGACUAUUUGGGCCAGCGAUAGCCGGAUAACUGUUCUAUACGAUAGGAACGCGCGGAUUCGGCAAUGCUUCAAAUGUCAGCAAUAUAGACAUAUAGGAAUCGUUUAUUCGAAUAAAACAACCUGCGGCCUCUGUGCCGAAGGCCACGAGACCCGGUCUUGCGUACAGAGGUCUGCUACCGGUAGCCAGGGACGCAAAUGCGCUGGGUGCGACGAGGCGCACGCCGCCUGGUCGAGAGUUUGUACGAGGUAUGUAGCGGAGCAGGAGCGGGUGCAAACUGCAGUUCAAUAUCGGCAGUCCCUGCACCGCAUCCCGCCCUAUCUACAGGAUUAUCCCUCCGUGGGUAGCGACACGGAGACCUCUGGCCCGCCCAACAGCGAGGGGUGGGCUGCGGGAUCUGGGAGACAGAGGGAAAGAUGGACCCGGUCAACCAGCCGGCCAACAGAGCGAAAUCGCUCUACAGAGCUCGUCCCUGUGCAGCAAGAAGAAGCCCUGAUAGACCUAAACCCGGAGAUAGACGUGGACCCUACCCCGUCCGAGACAGAACCGUCGAUUGCCCAGCAAAUCAACAUGAUCAGCGAACCGGAGACGCCCGCACCAGUGACCCCUGCCCCCAGGGGUCGCACCCUGAGCAAGAGGCGCCCCCGCAGCGUCACCUCCUUGCGGGCAACGAGGCGAAGCGCUAGACAUCAGGUAACGCAGGAAGCUGCCUCCUUUGCCAUUUCGCCUGCUACAGGGGACACCCCUCCAGCGAAGAGGACCCGAAGCAAGCAGCCAACCUACCGAGGACGAUCAAUAUCGACUAGCGAUAUCACUAGUGAUACCGCAGUGACAGCCCUCCCAAAAUCGCCGUAUGCAUCUCUUAUUUCUGCACCUAUCCCCUCAGGGCAUUCGAUUACGAUCGUCUUGGCCGAAGACAACACGCUUGCCCGCUCACUAGAGCCGGGCACCACUACCAGAGACGAAGCUGGAACGAAGACUACGAUUGACCUAGUCCUCGGCUCGCAGGACCUGACCCCUAGGCUAGUUACCUGUGAGAUUACUGAAAAGAUUUACGCAGAUUCCGAUUACCUACCUAUACGGACCCUUAUUGACAUCCAAACAAAGACCCCGGAGGCGCAGCGGCGCCGCAACUGGAAAACGUACAAAGUAAAAGAUCUACAGGCUUUUCAAUCUAUAACGGUUGUCCUCCGUAAGGCCGCGCCACGGGAUUAUCGAGUCGCUAAAUCCUACCGGCCUAUUGCCCUCUUGAAUACACUCGGUAAGAUUCUAGAGGCAGCUAUCGCUACCCGCAUAGCCUACGCAUUGAAGAAACAUAGCCUACUGCCACGAGGGCACCUAGGGGGACGCAAGGGUAUCUCCGUCGACCAUCUAAUUCAACUACUGAUGGAUGCUAUCUUUGGUAGCUGGGGCCGAGGCCAGAAGCUACCGCUCUCGGGCAGAACCCUAGCAUUCGGCUGGAUUGACGAUACUUGUACGAUCGCUCUUUCCGAGUCUUAUGCAGCUAAUCAGCGUCUACUGGAGUGGGCACUCGAUAAGGCUGCUGUAUGGUCCUGGCAGCAUUCGUCUAGGAGCGCCAGGGAGAUUCCCGUUGAACCCCCGGGGCAUGACCAGCUGCCAAUAAAGGAUCACGCAACGGGCCACGUCAUUCGGCCAGUGGAGCACGCUAAAUACCUCAGAAUCUGGCUCGAUAAGACUCUCUCCUUUACUACCUACUGUACCAAGGUGGUAGCGAAGGCGAACGGAAUCUCGAAGCCUUACGAAGCAUCUCUGCGUCCACAUAGGAUGCUCUACGGAGUUGCUGCAUGGUAUAUCCCUACCAGCGGGCGUACUAGGUAUGCAAAACGGCAGAAGACUAUCAACGAAUUCGAACGAAUCCAGACCCGGGCGGCAGUACUUAUUAGUAGAACAUUCAUAAAUACUGUUUCUGCAGCUUUAGGAGCUGAGCUGUUCCUGCCUCCGGUCCGCCUGCACAUGCAACAGAUGAUUGAGAAGACUGCAAUCCGGAUACAGACCGGACCGGUUAUGGCCUGUCCCCGGGGAUUAACCGGAGGCCGAAGUUUAGCUACGUGGGAGUCCCGAAAGGCGCACGUGCUUGCCCCGUGGGAACUCCUACUUAACUGCGUGAUCGAGGGAGCGGAUAGCGCAGUCCAAGAACACGACAGGAUCUGCCAGGAAAGCCGGAGGCAGAUCUGGUACUCUGACGGCAGCAGCUUUAACGGCUACGUAGGGGGCGCUGCAGUCUCGAUUCGGGCCAGGAAGGUCCGCAAGAAAUACCUAGGAGCCGCGGCUGACUCCACUGUGUACGUGGGAGAGCUAGAGGGAGUCAAAAUGGCCCUGAAGUGGGCAGAGGCUGCCCCGAUCACGGUCUUUUCAGACAGCCAGGCGGCCAUUCAAGCCGUGCAGAACCCUGGCCGACCAUCAGGCCAGUACGUACUACGGGCUAUCUACGAGAGGAUCAGGACCCUGAGAGGCAGCGGCCUGCAGCAGGGAGAUAUAAAGCUGCGCUGGAUCCCUGCGCGUAUCGGUAUAGAAGGGAAUGAACGAGCUGAUGAGGCGGCCAAGCGGGCCGCGAUAGCUGCAGCCAAAACUGACCCGAAUAAGAAGGUCUUAAGGAUAUACGAGGGCCUGAGCAAGCCUCAGACCUCUAUAAUUAUCCAGAUGCGCACAAUGAGGAUCGGACUGAGACAUUUCCUUUUCAAGAUAAAGCAGGUCGACUCCGACCGCUGCGGGUGUAAAUUAGGCUCUCAAACGCCUAAACACGUCCUUAUGGAGUGCUCGCUGCACCUCGCCAGUCGGAGAAUAAUGAUGGAACGCCUCGACUCUAUCGAGGGACUGCGUAGGCGUAUGCAGGACUACGACGCAGUCAUGAACCACCCGCAGGCGAUACGUUACGUCGCCAAUUUCAUGCAACGAACAGGCCUCCUACAGCAAUUCCGAUUCGCCACAUUUAACGACGAGGAGGAAGAGGAGGUCCCGGAACCCAGCACCCUCCUAGAGGGACUCGAUCUAAACGAGGAAGACGAUAGUUAUACAGAACGCUAA